CCGCUGACCAAUCAGAAGUUCCAGAGCACGUCGGAGUGUGUGCAGCUGCAGGAGAACUGGGUUCUGGGCACUAGCGUGGGGCUGCAGAGCAGGCACUUCCUGUUAAAGACUGGCACUGGCUCUGCCUCCCUCUUUGCCACGCCCACUCCAGGCUUCACCAUGGCAACAGGGGCAGUGUACUGCCCACCGGCACGCCCCUUUCUCCGAAACAAGCUGUCCAGGGGUGCGUUCCAAUUCAACAAAUCACCAAAACACUGCUCCUGGAAGUGCACUGCUCUGAGUGCAGUGGGCGUGGCCACGCUGCUGUCAAUCAUACUCUGCUACUGCAUAGUGAUGCAUGUGUUUGGACUGAACUGGAAGCUGAAGGACGUUCACACACACUCGUUUGAGAACGGUCGUGUUUCCUCCGUCACCUCGUCCACCAGCACUCUCAACACUCUCAACACACACAACACACACGGAGCUCACGCUGCACGCUUUAAACAUCCGUACAGUCCUUUAAAUAACGCUUCUGACUGUUUCAUCCGGCUGAUCCGUGACCACGCCCACUCCACGCCCACUCCACGCCCGCUCCUUAUCUUCUCCUCCGCUUCUCCUCCGUCUAACAGACUCGGGCUUCAGGAUAACUCGGAGUGGAAGAAACACACUUCCUGUUACAAAAGACGAAAUGCAUUCAUCUGCCGCUUAUCACUAACUCACAACGGGUGUGUGUGUGUGUGUGUGUGUGUGUGUGUGUGUGUUACAGGCAGGACUGACCCUGGGCAGGACUCGGGGCAGGUGCAGGUGGGGCAGCAGGUGAGUUCCUCGGUCGUCCCAGGGCUUUUCUGGAGGUGUAACGUCAUCCUGGAGCAGUCACAGUUUCUCAAGUUCAACAUCUCCAUCCAGAAGAACGCUCUGAUAGGAGUGUACGGGAGGAAAGGACUCCCACCCUCACACACACAGUAUGACUUUGUGGAGCUGCUCGACGGCAGCCGUCUGAUUUCCCGGGAUGCGGAGGUCAGGGACGGCAUGGAGAGCCCGGUCAGCGUUCACUGUGCUGGAUUUAUUCAGUAUCUUCAUGCUGGAGUUUGGCAUCUCGCUUUUUAUAACGAUGGACUAAAUCUGGAACCUGUCUCAUACAACACUACGGUUCUGGAUUCAGUAAUGGAGUGUCCACACAACUGCUUCGGAAACGGAGAGUGUGUAUCCGGUGCCUGUCGCUGUUUCCCAGGAUUCCUCGGGCCGUACUGCUCUCAGGCUGCCUGCCCUGUAUUGUGCAGUGGUAAUGGAGAUUACAGCAGGGGGCGCUGUCACUGCUACAGCGGCUGGAAGGGGACGGAGUGUGACGUCCCCAUCGCUCAGUGUGUGGAUGCCCAGUGUUCGGGUCACGGCGUGUGUGUGUCCGGAGUGUGUGUGUGCAACCGUGGAUACAAAGGCGACAACUGCGACGUGGUGGACUGCGUGGACCCGUCCUGUUCGGAUCACGGCUCUUGUCUUCACGGUCGGUGUCACUGUUUUCCGGAAUGGACCGGAUCCAGAUGUGAAUCCGAGGUGUCUGUUUGUCCCGAGCACUGCUCUGGUCGAGGGAUUUUUGAGAACAAGGCGUGUGAAUGCGAACCCAGCUGGACCGGCCCAAACUGCUCCACAGAGGUGUGUGCUGCAGACUGCGGGCCGCACGGUGUGUGUGUCGGGGGUGUGUGUCGCUGCACAGACGGCUGGUCGGGGGUUCGGUGUGAGCAGGAGGAGUGUAAACACCGCUGUGGGGAACAUGGUGUGUGUAGUGAAGGUCAGUGUGUGUGUCAUCAAGGCUGGACGGGAGAACACUGUAACAUCGACAGUUGUCCCGGUCUGUGUAACGGUAACGGCCGGUGUGUUCUGGAUCAGAACGGAUGGCACUGUCUCUGCCAGCCCGGGUGGAGAGGAACGGGAUGUGAUGUCGCCAUGGAAACCAUUUGCUCCGACGGAAAAGACAACGAAGGAGACGGUCUGAUGGACUGCAUGGAUCCGGACUGCUGCAUUCACGCUUCCUGUCAGGAACAGGUUUACUGCCGUGGAGCACCUGACCCUAAAACCGUGGCCCCUCAGCGACCUUUAACCCCCACCAUGACCUUUUAUCAGCGAGUCAGCUUCCUGAUAGCGGCAGGAGGAACUCAUCGACUUCCUGCAGAAAAUCCGUUUAACAGCAGUCUGGUGUCUGUGGUUCGAGGUCAGGUGAUCACGGAGGACGGGACGCCGCUGAUCGGAGUGAACAUCUCGCUGCUGCACGACACGGAACACGGAUACACCAUCACACGCCAGGACGGCAUGUUCGAUCUGCUGGUGAACGGCGGAUCUUCUCUGACUCUGAGUUUCACUCGUGCUCCGUUUCCCAUCAUGCACCGCUCCGUGUGGCUGCCGUGGCGAGUAUUUCACGUGAUGAACCGAUUGGUGAUGAGGCGGGAAGAAAAGGACACGCCCACAUGUGAGCUCAAUGGCCUUGUAAGACCCACCCCACAAAUUGUGACAUCACCACUAUCAAGCUUUUACAGCUCCACCCCUGAGGCCACACCCAUCAUACCUGAGACACAGGUUCUCCACGAGCAGACGGCCGUUCCCGGCAGCGAUCUGAACCUGGUGUAUCUCAGCUCCCGGGCCUUCUCGUACAAACCCGUCCUGAAGGUGAUCAUGACGCAGUCGGUUAUUCCCUUCGGCCUCGCUAAAGUGCAUUUGAUGGUGGCCGUGGAGGGAAGAACGUUCCAGAAGGAGUUUCCGGCGUCUCCGAGACUCUCUUUCACGUUCGUCUGGGAUAAAACCGACGCUUACGGACAAAAAGUGUACGGCCUGGCGGAGGCUGCGGUGUCUGUGGGCUUCGAGUACGAGUCGUGCCUGAGCGUGGUCCUCUGGGAGAGGAGAAGUUCCACACUGCAGGGGUUUGAACUCGACGCCUCCAACAUGGGCGGCUGGACGCUGGAUAAACAUCACAUCCUGGACCUACAGAACGGGAUCCUGUAUAAAGGAAACGGUGAGAAUGUGUUCCUGUCCCAGCUGCCCCCAGUCAUCAGCACCAUCAUGGGUAACGGACGGCGGAGGAGCAUCUCCUGCCCCAGCUGUAAUGCCCCGGCUGGGGGUAACAAGCUGCUCGCACCUGUAGCACUGGCGUGGGGCAGGGACGGAAGUCUGUACGUGGGAGACUUCAACUACAUCAGACGCAUCGAUCAAUCAGGAAAUGUCACCAGCAUCAUGGAGCUCAGUAAUAACCCAGCUCACCGCUACUACCUGAGCUCGGACCCUGUGACGGGACAGCUGUACGUAUCAGACACCAACUCCAGGCGGAUUUACCGGCCCAGGGUGUUGUCCGGCGACGUGGAGCCCCAGGCAAACGUCGAAGUCGUAGCAGGGACUGGGGAUCACUGUCUGCCUUUCGAUGAGAAUCAGUGUGGAGAUGGAGGACCAGCCUCUGAGGCCCUACUCACAGGACCUAAAGGGAUCGCCGUGGACAAAAACGGUCUCAUCUACUUCGUGGAUGGAACAGUGAUUCGCAGAGUGGACCGAAGCGGCAUUAUUACGACCGUCCUGGGGUCAAACGACCUGGCUUCAGCUCGGCCUCUCAGCUGUGACGCCCUGAUGGACAUCCAGCAGGUUUCAUUGGAGUGGCCGACGGAUUUGGCCGUCAGUCCGAUGGACAAUUCUCUGUUCGUGCUGGACGGCAGUGUGGUUUUGCGGAUUACAGAAGAGGGGCAGGUUAGUGUCGCGGCAGGUCGACCUCUUCAUUGUCCGCUGCCCGUCGCUGAACUCUCAGUAACCGAGACCCAGCAUGCCACACACACGCAUCUGGAGUCUCCGAGUGCCAUCGCCGUGUCCUUCACUGGAGCGUUGCACGUCGCCGAAACAGACGAGCGGAAGAUGAGUCGCAUUCGCAGCGUGGCACCAAACGGCGAGAUCACUCACUUGGCUGGGUCACUGUCCGACUGCGACUGCAAAACAGACGUGAACUGCGAUUGCUACCUCACUGGAGACGGUUUUGCUAAAGACGCUCGUCUCAAUGCGCCUUCGUCGCUCGUAGCCGCUCCGGGUGGAACGUUAUACGUUGCCGAUCUCGGAAACAUCCGAAUCCGAGCUAUCGGGACGAACAAACCGCAGUUGAACACACUAGGACUUUAUGAAGUGGCUUCUACAGCAGAACAGGAAGUGUACAUGUUUGACUCGAACGGAACGCACCAGCACACGGCUAAUCUCGUGACUGGAGAUUUUAAAUACAACUUCAGUUACAGCAACGACGGAGAUUUGACCUCCGUGACCGACUGCCAUGGAAACACGCUCCGCAUCCGGAGAGACGCGACUCGGCAGCCGGUCCGAAUCGUGGCACCCGAUAACCAGGUGGUUUGGCUGAACAUCGGCUCCAACGGGGCGCUAAAAAGCCUGGGGACGCAGGGGCGGGACCUCGUGAUGCUCACUUACCAUGGCAGUAGUGGUCUCCUAGCAACCAAGAUCACCUCCAAUGGAUGGACCACCUUCUACGAUUAUGACAGCGAAGGAAAGCUGACCAACGUGACAUUUCCCAGCGGCGUGGUGAUGAGUUUGCACGGUGACUCCGGCGUCGUCGCCACGGUGGAAAUGGAAAACUCUGAGCGAGAAGAAGAAGCCGGGAUUACGGCGAACAGAUCAGCGAUUCAGACCGUCCUUACGCUACAGCAGGAUCAGUUGAAGACGGGCUACGUGGUGGGUUACGACAGCUCUCUGUGGGUUUUAUAUGCAAACGGAUUGAACGCUCAUUUCCAAACCGAACCUCACAUCCUGUGUGGCGCGUCGUCUCCUACGGUGGCUCGAAGGAACGUCACGCUUCCCGAUGACGCCGGACAAAACCUCGUGGAGUGGCGCUUCAGGAAAGAGCAGACUCGCUCUAAAGUCACUGUGUUCGGACGCAAACUACGAGUGAACGGUCGGAACAUCCUGUCUGUCGAUUACGACCGCACGCUGAGGACCGAGCGAAUUUACGACGAUCACCGCAAGUUCCUGCUGAAAAUCGGUUAUGAUGUAACAGGGCAGCCUGCCGUGUGGAUGCCGAGCAGCAAGUUACUGCUGGUGAAUGUGACGCGGAGGAGCAACGGCCAGCUCAGCGCCACCCAGUGGGGAUCUGUAUUAGAGCGAUUCGAGCACGAUGAACAGGGACGCAUUCGCACGCGAGUGUUUCCUGAUGGGAAAACAUGGAGCUACACGUACCUGGAGAAGUCCAUGGUUCUGAUCCUGGCCAGUCAGCGGCAGUUCACCUUCGAGUACGACUCCGAUGGCGAACUUUCGGCCGUUAUCAUGCCCAGCGUCGCUCGCUACACCAUGGAAACGAUUCGCUCCAUAACCUAUUACCGGAAUCUUUAUCAUCCUCCGGAAAGCAACGCAUCUGUAGCCGUGGACUACGGCGAAGACGGACGGCUUCUCCGAGUGCUUCGGACCGGAACGGGGCGGCGGGUGAUUUACCGCUAUCGAUGGAACGACAAAUUAGCUGAAGUUGUGUACGAUAGCACGCGUGUCAGUUUCACGUACGACGAGACGCUCGGCGUGUUAAAGACUGUGAAUCUGCAAAGUGAAGGCUUUAUCUGCACCAUUAGAUACAGACAACUAGGCCCCCUAGUGGACAGACAGAUAUAUCGCUUUAGCGAAGACGGGAUGGUGAGCGCAAGAUUCGAUUACGCGUACGAUGGAAAUCUUCGUGUGAGCAGCAUUCAGGGCGUGAUCAAUGAGACACCACUUCCUAUCGACCUCUACCAGUACGAUGACAUUUCUGGAAAAGUAGAGCAGUUCGGGAAAUUCGGUGUGCUCUACUACGACAUCAAUCAGAUCAUUUCCACCUCUGUUAUGACUUACACUAAACAUUUCGACGGCCACGGACGAAUCCGUGAGAUCCAGUACGAGCUUUUUCGGACGCUGCUCUUCUGGAUCGCGGUUCAGUACGACGAAAUGGGUCGAGUCACGUCAAGAGAGAUGAAAAUCGGACCUUUCGCGAAUGCCACAAAAUACAGCUAUGAAUACGACGUGGACGGCCAGCUGCAGACCGUCUACCUGAACAAAAAACCAACAUGGCGGUAUAGCUACGAUUUAAACGGAAACAUCCACCUUCUCAGCCCGGCGAUCGGCACGCGGAUCCUCCCGUUACGCUACGACCUUCGAGAUCGGAUCACUCGACACGGAGACCUCCAGUACGAGCAGGACGAGGACGGGUUUCUACGCCAGAGAGGAGCCGAAGUCUACCACUACAACUCGAACGGACGGCUCGAGCGUGUUUAUAGUAAAUCCGCUGGCUGGCACAUUCAGCAUCGCUAUGACGGGUUAGGACGGAGAAUUUCAACUAAAUCCAGUUUGGGGCAGCAUUUGCAGUUUUUCUACGCAGACUUGAGCUACCUGAGCCGCAUCACGCACGUCUACAACCACUCGAGUGCAGAGAUCACCUCUUUGUACUACGACCUGCAAGGGCACGUGUUCGCCAUGGAGGUCAGCAGUGGAAAAGAGUUUUACGUAGCUUGUGACAACACCGGCACGCCGCUAGCGGUUUUUGGGAGCGACGGAGCGCUCUUGAAGCAGAUCCACUACACGGCGUAUGGAGAAGUUUACUCCGAUUCGAACCCUGAUCUCCAGCUCGUACUCGGGUUCCAUGGUGGCCUCUAUGAACCACUGACCAAGCUCAUUUACUUUGGGGAGCGGGAUUACGACAUCAUUUCCGGCCGCUGGACCUCCCCAGAUAUCACGUUAUGGGAAACGAUGGGGAAAAAUCCAGCACCGUUUAACCUCUACGCGUUCCGUAACAAUGAUCCCAUCAGCAAAAUUCAGGAUGUAAAAGAGUUUCUCACGGAUGUGAACACCUGGCUGGUUGUAUUUGGGUUUCAUCUCCACAACAGCAUUCCCGGAUUUCCAGUUCCCAAGUCUGGAAUGACUCGAGUGUCUUAUGAACUGGAUAAGAGUAAAGUUUGGGACAAUCUUCCGGCGAUUGGCGUUCAGCAGCAGGUCCUGCGUCAGGCCCAAGCGUUCCUGGCGUUCGACCGGAUGCCACGGUCUCGCAGACCGACCAAACCGUGGCUCUGGUUUGCUCCUAGCGGGUCUCUGAUUGGCCGGGGCAUCAUGAUGGCGCUGUACAAAGGUACGGUGAUAACCCGCGCUAUCAGCAUCGCUAAUGAAGACUGCAUCAAAGUCUCUAACAUCCUCAACGGAGCUCUGUAUCUCAAAGAUCUGCAUUUCACGUUGGACGGACGUGACACGCAUUACUUUGUAAAAACGGGAGCUCCGGAAGCGGACCUGGCUGCACUUCGGCUCGUGACGGGGCGUAAGCAGCUCGAGAACGGCGUCAACGUGAGUGUUUCUCAGUCGACGGCCGCGAUGGGCGGACGCACGCGGCGUUUCGCCGACGUGGAGCUGCAGUGUGGUAUGCUAACCCUUCACGUGCGCUAUGGAGCCUCUCUGGAUGAGGAGAGGGCGCGAGUGCUGGAGUUAGCUCGACAGAGGGCGCUGGCGAGCGCGUGGGCGCGGGAGGCGCAGUGCAUACGGGACGGAGAGGCGGGGACUCGUCUGUGGACGGAGGCAGAGAAGAGGCAGUUACUCAACGGGGGACGAGUGCAGGGAUACGACGGAUAUUACAUUCUCUCGGUGGAACAAUAUCCGGAAUUAUCCGAUAGCAUGAACAACAUUCAGUUCCUCAGACAGAACGAGAUCGGAAAAAGGUAGCAGAGAACUCUCGUUGAUACCUACGAGGAAUUAUUUAUAUGCACAUAUACGGUCCGGUUCUAAAUUCUGAGUGCACCACCACCACACGGCACACUACGGCUGUGUCUCAUAUCACACACUAUGCACUAUACGCUAUAUCAUCGUAUCUAGUAGUGAACUGUGUCUCAAAACGCUAAUGUCUAGUCUUGAUUACUCAU